AUGUUGUGCCACAGCGGCGAUGGGUUCGAGCCACCGUGCUUAGGGCCUGAACCCACGCCCUUGACGCACCGGACCGGAGAAAUCGUCUUCCAUCCGCAUCCGCCAGGAUUGAAGUUGCAGCUAUGGAUCUCCGACCCCUUGACUUCUGCAGCUUUAGACGAAACUGGAGCAGCGAAAGCCGGGUACAAGCACCUGUCCUUGAUUGUGCCUCCGAAGUUCAUUGUCCAGAAGAGACCUGCUUCUUUCGGGAAGCCUCAAGAUCCCUGUGACUCCAUUGCCAGCCUACCCUGGAGCGAUGGUGAGAAGCAGUACAAUCUGUGGAUCCACAACGUCAUCUGCAAGCACCAUAUCGAGGGAAAAUGCCGAAGGACGCCGUGUAAGUGGGAGCACCCUCCCCUUCCAGACAUCACGAGGGCAUUGACCCAGCUGAUGGACAGCGUGCGCGACGUCACCUCUGGAGCCAUGGAGCUCCUGCGACCGGUGGCGAUACAGCCCUGGGAUGCGGAGCUGCCCAGACUCAGGUGCCCAGCCGAUCUGAAGUGA